GUCAGAGUCGUUGGACAACGUAUUGGACUCGGACCUCGACCUGCUCGAAACAAGAAGAAGAAGUAGUUACUCGAAUGGUGACGCACGCAAGUAUCAACGGAACAGGCUCGCUUCAGUGGCGCGCCACGCACAACAAAAUAUAUCGCGCGUCAUCGAUCCGCGAGAUGAAAAUUCUAGGGACGUGACGGGAGAAGGUGGCUGGGAGGAUGACAACUUUGGAAGCGGUCAUGAAGAAGCUGCAACCGAUUCGCCAAGCGUACUAGAAAGUCUGUAUGGGUGGGCGCUUGAUCAAGUUAUGAACCGCUUAGGCCUCCCAGGGAAUCUGACGAACAUGACGAACGCGACAAAUGAAAAUGCUGAUACG